GCCGCGGAGGCCCCGCCCGCGUCCUCCCUGCUGGUGGCACGCCGGCCUUUCCGAUUCCCGCGCCCUCUCCCGUCCAGCUCAGCCCAGCCUCGCCGCUACGGGGACCCUUACCGUACAUACGCAGGACUAGGGGAACCCCGUCUACAGAAGCUGGCAGCGGCCGCGGGGCAGGGAGAAUCACCGUUCCGCAGGCGGCUUCAGUCUCCAAACUGCAAGGAUUCCAGUGGCUGGCGGGAAAGGCUCCCCAGGGCAAGCAUCAGGCAAGUGAUGGCUUGGUUCGGGAGGGACUGUCCUAUAGUGUCUCAGCUGAACCAUCUGUUCAUCUUCAAGUCAUCAUGAGCAGUAAGAAGCGCAGAUCAGAGAUCCGGUUUGAUGCAAAGCGUAAUAAGAAAAUCGACCACUAUUUUUCUCAGGUCCCAAAAGAACAACAGAAUAAUUCCAGUACUUCUCCAGUGAAGAUAAAAUCUAAAGGAGGUCCAAGAGAUAUAACUAACACCAAGGCUCAAAGAUUCCAUUCACCUAAGAAAAAUCCAGAAGACCAGACUAUGCCCCCAAAUAAGAUGAUUAAUGUUACUUUGGAUAUAAACCAGAGGAAAAACAAACAAAUGAAAUAUACGCUCAUAAGGAGUGAGAAGGAUCGCUUAUAUAUGGCUCUCAACACUCUUGAGGCUGUCAGAGAAGAAAUAGAAACACACCAAGGCAAAGAAAUGCUGGUGUGUGGCAAAGAAGGAAUUGAAGGGUUCAUCAACCUUGGAAUGCCCCUCAGUUGUUUUCCUGAAAGCUGCCAUGUGGUAAUUACAUUUGCCCAAAGUAAAAAUAAACAGAAAGAAAGUAACAAACUCUUUGGCCGGCAUGAGGAGGUAUCAUCUCCUGAGUGUGUCAAAUUUUACAUUCAUGCAAUUGGAGCUGGAAAGUACAAGAAAAGGAUCGUUAAAUGCGGGCAACUUCACAAAGAAGGGUACAAACUCUGCGUCUAUGCUUUCAAAGGAGAGACCAUCAAGGAUGCUCUGUGCAAAGACGGCAGAUUUCUUUCCUGUUUGGAGAAGGAUGAUUGGAAACUCAUUGAAAAGCUGGACACCAUUGUAGAAAACACCCAGCCAGUUGAUGAAUUAGAGGGCAAGCUCUUUCAGGUUGAGGUUGUAAAAAGAAUGAGCCCCGGGGCAGCAGUUGCUGAGAAUUCUGAGUCGCAACGAAGAAACACCUGUGUGUUGAGAGAACACAUUGUGGACCAGUACCCCAGUUUGAAAAAAGAAAGUGAAAAAAUCAGAGAAAAUUUCAAGGAAAAAAUGAAAAAAAGAAAGGGGAAAACAUCGUUAUUUCAAUUGCACAAAACAAGUUUUGGGAAAGUAACAAAAAACUCUACUCCGAUUAAAAUACUAAAACUUCUUUCACAUCUCAGUGAUUCAGUUGGCUACAUAUUCUGGGACAACAAUGGAAUUACGGGUUCUGCCACUUGCUUUGUUUUUAAAGGCUUGUUCAUUUUAACUUGUCGGCAUGUAAUAAAUCACAUUGUGGGAGAAGGAAUAGAGCCAGGUAAAUGGGCAGCCAUAAUUGGUCAAUGUGUCAGGGUGACAUUUGGUUAUGAAGAUGCCCCAGAGAAAGAAGAGAAUUGCUUUUUCAUUGAACCUUGGUUUGAGAUAUCUGAUGCAAUGCUUGACUAUGCUGUCCUGAAGCUGAAGGAAAAUGGACAAGAAGUACCUGUAGGACUACAUCAUGGAGUCACUCCUGUACCCCUUAGUGGGUUGAUACAUAUUGUUGGCCAUCCAUAUGGAGAUAAAAAGUCUCAUGAUGCUUGUGCUGUAAUCUCUCAGGAUCAGCGAGAAAAGAAAUGUCAGGAACGUGUUCAGGCUAGAAAAGCAGAGGGUGCGCAGUAUGUCCAUAUGUACACUCCGAGAAGUUUUGAGAAAAUAGUUCACAACCCUGAUGUGAUUACCUAUGACACCUCUUUUUACUUUGGGGCUUCUGGAUCCCCAGUGUUUGAUUCAAAAGGUUCAUUGGUGGCCAUGCACACUGCUGGCUUUGCUUAUACCCACAAAAAUGGUAUUAAUAGUGUCAUUGAGUUUGGCUCUCUUAUGGCAUCCAUCCUCCUUGAUAUUAAGCAAAGACAUAAACCAUGGUAUGAAGAAGUAUUUAUGAGCCAGAUGGAUGUCGAAAUGAUGAGUGAUGAGGAUUGAGGACUUGUGAGAAUUAGGUCUCUUUAUUAGCUUUAAGGGAAUUGACUGUGGAGUUGUUAUUCCACAGCGAUUGAUAAUAAGUUUUCUAAAUUCAAAAUGGUCAAUUUCAAAAAUAAUAAUAAUGAAUAUUAUUGAUCAUUCCCUAUAUACUGGGCAUUUUUCUAAGCACAUUUAGAAAUUAUUCCUAACAACGCAAUGAGGUGGACUAUGACCCCUAUUUUAAAGUCAAGUAAUGUGGAGAAUGAUAGGAUUCAGUAAUAGUCGGUUUUGUGACACUAAAAGUCAUGUAACCAUCGAUUUUUUUUCUUCCAUAUCAUUCCCUAAAUUCAUUUGCUACAGGGAAGGAGCCAAAACUUGUUCAUCUCAUUAUCCCCAAUAUCUGACAUAGGGAAAGGAAGUGCUUAGAAAAAUGUGUGGUGCAAUCAAACUUGGAACUAUAGUUAUUGUUAACUUAGGAGAUAAAUGCUUGAUUAGAAAUGAUCUCAAACAAAAUAUUUUAGAAUUCCCAAAAUCUUCAUACUACUAAAACUGUCAUAAUGUAUGUGUCCUGAAAUUCGCUGUUUUUAUAGGUUAUUAGGGCAAGAGGGAUAUUUCAAACAUCAUGUUAUUUGACUCCUUGACCUCCUAAAUGAGUUUUUUAUUUGUAUAUAUUAAGGUUUACUCUUUGUGCUGCAGACUUCUACUUUCAUCACCCUAAAAUCUAUGCUUCACCUGCUUAACCCCUCCCUGAAUCCCCAAACCCUGGAAAUCACUGAUCCUUAUAGCUUUGCCUCUUCCAGAACAUUGUAUAAUUAGAGUCUUAUCAUCUGUAACCUUUUCAGACUGGCUUCUCUCACUUAGAAAUAUGUAAUUAAAGUUUCUCUGUGUGUUUUUGUGACUUGAUAGCUCAUUUCUUUUUAUUGCCAAAUAAUAAUCCAUUCUAUGGAUAUACCACAACGUGUUUAUUCAUUCACCUUUUGAGAGAUAUCUCAGUUGCUUUCAGUUGACGAUUAUGAAUAAAGUGGCUAUAAACAUUA